UUGAGGUUAAAGUUGAUAUUUCUGGUUAAAUGAUACAAAAAUACAGAAGGUUUUUAGUACAAAGUUAUAACAAAAGGAACAAUGCUGACUUCAAGUGAUCAAAAGCAAUAUAAAGCAUUUGUAAAAAAGUUGGAUAAUGGAUUUGGAUUGAAAAUGAUAAAUACAAGUAAUGGCAUUGAAAAUGUUCUGAUAAUAACUUCAGACUCAGUUCUACAGCCUAAUAAUAAAUCCACAGUAAAUUCCCAGAAUUCAACACUGAUGCCCAUUUUGAGUAAAUUCAGUCAAGAAACUGUACGUUCAGAGCCGAUAGCAAGUUUUACAAAUAGUAAUCUUGCUAUAAACAGAAUCCUGACUCACCUUGAACCAUACUUGAAGGAAUUAAAACCUGACAUUGCUGGCUUUCAUGUUUUCGAAAAAGAUAUCUCAAAUUCAGAACCAAAUACUCAGAAAGCUAGUGUCAUUGUAGUAGCUAACACAAAACUGGCACGAGAGAAAGGUGUAAACAUCAAUAUCCCAGGAAAAUUAAUGAGAGUUCUUGGGAAAGAUAAGAAGAAUAAUACUCCGUUUGAAGCUGAUUCACUGGUUAAACCAGUAACAAUAAUUGUUGGAGAUUACAUAAUAAACAUUAAUAUUUGCUAUGAUGUGCCAGUGACAGGCUGCAAGACAACAGGAACACAAACUCGGAGAGGACUUUUGUUUGCGAGUUCUGCUGACGAUGACACUGUCUAUAACAUAGAGCCUUUGUUUUAUGUUCCUACACAGACUGAACAUAAAGAAAGUCAAACUGAGAGUAGUGUUUCCCAAACAAAAUGCAUACAAACAGAAAGAAAUAUUUUGACAUCACAAACUGUUCAAACUCUCUCUGUCAUGCUUGUUAAUGAUUGUUCAACUCAGACAGAAUCAGUUAUGGAAAGAUGUUCUCAAGAAUCAGUUCAAGGCAUUGAGAGUGCUGAUGCCAAUGCAAUCAUAGAGUCUUUCUACUUGCCCAAUGUCAAACCUGGUUUAGACAAUAAUAUUGACACCAAUUACCAAUUAAUUUCAAAAAGAUCAAAGCAGUCAGUAACAAAUGCUAAAUCUUUUAGUUCUUUGUAUACUUUUAAUAGUCAUACAAAGUUUAUGUUUGACACUUUUAAUAGUCAUACAAAGUUUAAUGAGGGCAAAAGCAGUCUUGAUACUUCUGUUAGCCGUAGCCAAACUCAAAACUCUUACAGUUCUGUACCAGCGAGUAGUGUCUACAAUUUGACUACGUCAAUGGGAACUUUAACUGAUGACAUUGACAAACAAAACAAUACAACAGAAAACCCAGAAACAAAAACAACUAUUAUUUUUGAAAACUUUCCUGAAAAUAUAACUCCAGAUGGGAGUAAUGAUUAUUUACAAAUUGGAACUGACACAAGCAGUUUUGAUACUAUGCAUCAGCACAGUUCAACAAAAUUAGAACCAAACAUUUUACAUACAGAAAAAGGAAAAAUGAGAAUUAGUGCAGGAAAUAACAGUAAAUACAUGGGUGGAAGUAAAUCAAACAUUUCUAUUAAAGAAAUAAAAGAACAUUUGAAUCAAACAACCCUUUCCCUAUACCAGUUAUACUCAGUUGUUGAAUUUAUUGAAGAUUUAUCAACAAAACCACCAGGUGAAAAUGUAGAUUUCAUACGCAAGGAAAAUACCACAGGAAAAUUGUGUUCACAGAAUGUAAAUCUGACAAACUGUACUGAAACGAUUACUGGUGAGAGUUUGGAGACUAAGGCAGUUUUAGAAAACCAACCACCACAAGAUACUUUGUGUGAUCGCUGUGGUUUAUUUUUCCUGAUAACAAUGCAUCAUGAAUGUAUUAAAGAUCAUCAAAUAACUGAUGGUAAAUGUUUUAAUUACACCGAUACAGAUUACAAGUUUGUUGACAACCCAAAAGAAAACCACAUGUCAUGUCAUCAUGUUUGUAUAGACAUUACAAGUAUAUCUUCAGAAACAAACUUGAGCAAAUCAAAUAAACAUGAUACUACUUGUAGUGCCCCUCACUGUUUAACUAAUACAAUAUUGAAUACAGGUGAUACGAAAUUAAGUAAUUCACUGAUAUUUUACAACACAAAAUAUGAAUCUACGUCUAAAAGUAGUCAUGAAACUAACUUCAAAUCAAAUCCAACUCAUAUAGAAGAAAAGAAGGAAAACCAUACUUAUAAUGUUGAUCAAAAUGAUGGUAACUUGAACAAGUUUAUAAACAACAUGAUAAAAGAGCCAAAUAUCUGCAAUGAAACAGGUUUGGCUGACAAAAUACAUAAAAGUAAGAAAAAAAUGCAAUGUAACAAUUUUCAUCAAAAUGAGCACAGAAACAAUAACAUAACUGAACACAAUGCAGAGGAAUUAUUAUUAGUGAUGCCCCUUUCAAAAGAUAAGGACAUUACGGUAUACGAAGAUACCUUAGCUUCAUCUCAGAAAAGACAAAUUAAGUUUACAGAUAUAUCAAAAUCUAUGAAUAACUUACCCAAUGCCACAGCAAUAAAUGGAAUUCGUGAAAAGAGAAAUAACAGUUCUACCACAUCACAUAUGUUUAAUGCCAAGGAGUACAGUACAGAAAGUAGCUAUUAA